ACCAGGACUUGUGAGUUGUGUCGUGCAGGUACGUACAGCCCAACACAGAGAGGGAGAUUCACAACUUCUAAUAAAGCAGUUGAAUUAAUUCACUGUUCUGUUCUAGUACACCUGUCCUGGCUGCUUCAGUGAAUAGGGAGAAAGCUUCACAGUUAUUACAUAACGUAAAGAAUUUUAUUAUUUAAUUACAUGACAAAAUAUAAAUCCAGGUCUGUGAACUGUGUGGCUGUUUGGAGACGUACAAAUUGAGAAAGAGGCAUGUAUUUUAUACAUAUUUGGCAGCAAGUUCUUUCAGCUUUAUAAAAACGAAAGAUCUCUCUCCCGCUCUUCAAGCCUGCUGACUCUGAUGACCGUUGGCCCCGGCUAUGUCGCUCCGCAGAGGAACAAGCCCAUGAACCCCUUGCGCAUUUCCAUUGGCAGCCUUCCCGUCCUUGCCUCCAUGACUAACGCCUCGGACCCGCGCUUCCGCCUCAAGUGGAGGGCCAUCGUGGGGGUGUCCGUGCUGCUCACCCUGCUCCUCCUCCUGCUGCAGCUGCAGCGCUCUGGGGGGGGCACCAGGACCCAGCCCGACAGCCCCCACAACGGGCUGAUGAGCAGGGUGGCGAGGGAGCGCUACAAUGACACGUACCCGCUGAGCCCGGCCGAGCGGACCCCGCAGGGGGUGCGGUACCGCAUCGGCGUCAUCGCGGACCUCGACACGGACUCCCGCAGCAAGGAGCAGCAGCACACCUGGUUCAGCCUGCUGAAGAAGGGCCACGUGGUAGUGUCGGAGAGCGGGGACGCCCUGACGCUGGAGUGGGACAGCGAGGACACCGUGCUGGAGUCCCACCUGGCUGAGAAGGGCCGUGGCAUGGAGCUGUCGGAGCUCAUUGCCUUCAACGGGCGGCUGUACAGCGUGGACGAUCGCACCGGGGUGGUGUACCGCAUCGAGGGCAACAAGGCCGUGCCCUGGGUCAUCCUGCCCGAUGGGGAUGGCACCGUCUCCAAGGGGUUCAAGGCGGAGUGGCUUGCAGUGAAGGAUGAACACCUGUACGUGGGCGGCCUGGGGAAGCAGUGGACCACCACCACUGGGGAGGUGGUGAACGAUAACCCCCAGUGGGUGAAGGUGGUGGGUUUCCAGGGCAACGUAGAGCACGAGAGCUGGGUAACCCAGUACAACGCCCUGCGAGCAGCAGCGGGCAUCCAGUCCCCAGGCUACCUGAUCCACGAGUCUGGAGCCUGGAGCGACACUCUGCAGCGCUGGUUCUUCCUGCCGCGGCGCGCCAGCUCCGAGCACUACGAGGAGAAGGCCGACGAGCGGCGCGCCACCAACCUGGUCCUGCGGUGCUCUCAGGACUUCCAGGACAUCGCGCUGAGCCGCGUGGGGGAGCUCCACCCCACCCACGGCUUCUCCUCCUUCAAGUUCAUCCCCGACACUGACGACCAGAUCAUCCUGGCGCUCAAGUCCGAGGAGGACGACGGGAAAGUGGCCACCUACAUCCUGGCAUUCACGCUGGACGGGCGAAUCCUGCUGCCCGAGACCAAGAUCGGAGACGUCAAGUACGAAGGGCUGGAGUUCAUUUAAAGAUUCUGGGGUUUUGUGUGUGUGUGUGUGUGUUUUUAUAUAAAUGUACAUCAAAAACUGUUUAUCUCAUACCCAUUCUGAGUGGUGGAGGGAUUUUCGCAACCAUUGAAACAUCAAAGACUCAACUGCUUUUGCAACACUUUUUAUUAUUGUAGAAUUUCUUUAUAUAUAUAUAUAUCUUCCUUUUUUUUUUUUUUUUUUUUAAAACAUGGAUUUCCGUCACCUCGUCGCCAGUUUGGAACCUGCUUGUAAUAUUGCUGCUGCGUGUAGUUAUUUAGCUGAUCUGUUGUUGGGUUGUUUAUUUAAUUGCUGAACUGGGAUGGCACAUCUGGUUCCUCUCUCUGCAGUCAGUCUCUUACCUUGAACACGUACCUGAACAGCUGCUCUUAAAUGUUUCACUGUCAUGUUGGCCACUGAUCCACACUCCCUCCCCAUAUAUUUUGCACAUAUUACCAUUGCUGCUUGGUAAUAACAUACUGUAGCAGUUUUGUUUGAGUCCCUUGUGAACAAGCCUCCCAAGGUGCUUUACAAGCUAACGGUAACAUGCCGUAACUUCCUGGGAUAUGUCUCCCUGGUGUUACUCUCUGGAUUGCCGUACUCAGGGAGGCAGGAGCAGCACAGGUUUAUUCAGCAGAGCCCGCUGCUUUGAAACAUUCUGUAGUUUAAGCACUGUGGCAGGUAUGUACAUUCAGACUGAUGGAUUAUAAUGUGAAGGGCAGUCACAUGUCACGAAGGUCAUUUCCUGACAACUGAAAUUAAUUUCUCUUAUCCCCUUUUAAUAAAGUUUUAGCUCCAGCGGGCUCUCACUUUUA